GUGUACCACAUGAAGCACAAAAGAAGAGGCGUUGCCUUAAUCUUCAAUCACGUCAAUUUCAAGAAGAUGGCAACGAGAAAGGGUUCUGUCAAGGAUAGCAAGGAUGUAACGCAAGCGCUGAAUCGACUCGGUUUCGAAAUCCGAGAAUACACGGAUCCUGGUGUUCAGCAGAUCGCAGGGAUUUUAAAAUCCACCGCUGCGGAAGACCACACGGAUGCUGACUGUCUGAUCGUGGUGGCUAUGUCGCACGGGGAAUCGGGUUUACUGUAUUCGACCGAUAACAUGUACAGCGUCGAUUUUCUCUGGGCCCACUUCACUGGUGACCAAUGCUCCACUUUGAUCGGGAAGCCGAAGUUGUUUUUCAUACAGGCAUGCCGUGGGACGCGGCUGGACGAUGCAGUGGAAGUUAUGCACGAGACGGAUAGCAUGAGCUCGUACAGCAUCCCCUCCCAUGCGGAUAUUCUGGUUGCUUAUUCCACUUAUGACGGCUUCUAUUCGUGGCGGAACCCAGACGCUGGAUCCUGGUUCAUACAGGCACUCUGUGAGGAAUUGAAUCUGAACGGGCGUACCCGUGAUCUACUCACCAUAAUGACUUUCGUCAACCGGCGAGUCGCUAUUCAGUAUCAAUCGUUCGUGCCGAACAACAAGGAUUUCCACGGGAAAAAGCAGAUCCCCUCCAUUGUCUCCAUGUUGACGCGGUUGGUGUACUUCGGUGAAAAUCCGCUUUAA